AGUUAUUAACAUGCAACUGUACAUGAAUUAUUUGACAGAAUGCCUUUUUGUAAAAUACAAUCUUAGUAUCUGAGAAAUUUUUUCUCAAAAAGGUAUCUGAAGAAUGAGAACGCAUUAAGAAACUAUGCAAAAACUAGCUAGAUUGUAUUUAUAACACAUGAUUGUCGCAUGCGAAAAUUCCUAUGAAGUUACGGCUAUACGAUCUAGUUGAACUAGUGUUUUUUUUCCGCGAGCGCUACUGGAGCGGAAGGUUCGCUAUCUUUGGCGAUCGCGGUCAUGAUAUUUGUGACAUCUGGAGUCGUACAGCACGCUUAGCCAGUGAACAGAUCGGGUGUCAACUUAUGGGAGUUAAAUGACGGCGAAAACGUCUGACUAUUUUUAGUUAAUGCUGCUCAGUGCAUAAUUAUGUACAUAUGUGCGUAUUAUUUGUGUUUCGGUGAAUUCUCAUAAAUAAGCGUUAAUAACAUUUAAUGUGUGAUCACCUCUUUAUAGUAUGAAAACACAUAUUAAUAUUGCGACGUCAAUAUUGUUUGGAUUUUCCACAUAAAUAUGACUUUAGAAAACAAUGUUAGCUGCACCCCAUCAAAAGAACACGAAAACUCAAAACCGCCUCGAGCCAACGUGGUGAUUGUGAGUGAUUCCGACAAAACAAACACCAACGGGACUAUAUGUGUAUCAGACGGGUUGGUACCUAGAGUUCAGUUUGAGAGAAAUGGUGCACAUGAUAUUGCGACUGACGACAUCGAUGGUGCACGUGAUAUUGCGACUGACGACAUCGAUGGUGCACGUGAUAUUGCGACUGACGACAUCGAUGUCACGGAGCCGGUGCGGCGCGAGGACGCCGUGCUACUAGAGAUCCAGGAGACGCAGCGGAAGUCCUGGGUGCCUGACGGCGGAUGGGGGUGGAUGAUCGUCCUGGGCGCCUUCAUUGUCCAUGUGUACAUAGGCGGCCUCAUGAAAGCGAGCGGGAUCAUGUACAUGAAGCUUCAAGACAGGUUCCAACAGAGCGCGGUUGCCACCGCCUGGGUCUUCUCCUUGUUCACAACAUUCCUGUUAAUGAUGGGUCCCGUUGCGAGCGCCCUCUGUCACCGGUUCAGCUGUCGCACCGUGGUGUUUUUCGGCAGCAUUGUGGCCUUUCUCGGCAUGUUCGUGUCAGCGUUCGCUCCCAACAUCGAGUUCCUCUACUUCUCGUAUGCCGUCGUCGGAGGUUUCGGGCGCUGCCUUACCUACACACCCAGUCUCAUUCUGGUGACGGGCUACUUCGACAAGCGCCGCGGGCUCGCUGUCGGCAUAUCCACCGCCGGCGUCGGCCUCGGCAUGUUCUCCUUUCCGCCACUGCUCGAAGCGUUAUUCAGUUACCAUGGUUACCAGGGCGCAAUGAUCCUUCUGUCAGCCAUCAGUCUGCAGACGUUCAUAUGUGCCGCCCUCUUCCGGUCAAUGGAGCUCCACAAGAAAAUCUCAAAAACUUCAAGAGUCAACGAACUGGUCAAAAUGGCGCGUAGAGGAAGUGUGGACGCACGAUUGAUUGUACAAGAAGUAUCAACCCCAAAACCACGCCAUCGUGCGGUCGGUCAAUCAAAGGGAGAUGACUGGCAUGGAAGCAACGCCUUCUCGUCCACGACAGAGUUCACGUUCGUGGUUGCUGAACCCAGAAGAAAGUCUUUGUUUUAUGAAAAAAUUGGGGACGUCAAAGUUUUAUUCAAAUCGAAUAUUCCAAAGGAAGAACGCAAACCCAUUCUUGAGCUGUCGUUACUAAAAGAUUUUCCAUUUCUUUCACUCUGCGUGUCGAUGCUUCUCUUCACAAUGUCAAUGAUGUCGACAUUUGUAUUCUUACCACCGUUAGCAAAGUCUAAAGGGGUGUCUCAGUUACAGUCGGCAUAUUUGGUCUCAAUAAUUGGUGUAAGUGAUUCAAUUGCUCGGUUCACUUCCGGCUUUCUGCUUGACUUAAAACGAAUAAAGCCGUAUCGUCUGCUGGUAUAUAACGCUGUAAUGUUUGGAGUGGGUAUAGUUUCCGUUGUGAUGCCGUCGAUAGAGGGGUUCGCCGGAUUCGUUGUGAUUUCCCUUUGCUACGGGGCACUGGCAGGCACGUACGUGGCGCAGAAGUCCGUCGUCGUCGUAGACGUGCUGGGGCUCUCCAAGAUGACGAGCUCAUUUGGGCUGUUGCUGUGGUUCCAGGGAAUCGGCUCAUUGGUUGGGCCGACAAUCUCAGGACUGUUCCGCGACGUGUACGGUACUUACGACGAGGCCUUCUACUUUGGAGGUAUUGGCAUAUUUUUCGGUGGGUGUGUGUUGUUAUGCGGUAAUAUAGUGAAGCUGUUACGGGACCGACGUGCUCGGCGAUCCCAGCAAGAAGAGCAAGGCGAGGGAGGGGAAGAGGGCAAGGAAGUCCGAGUUUAGUCACACAGGGCAAUACAUAUCAAAGUUUCGAUGCAGCUAUGAGGCCGCUAUCGAUCAACGAAAUAAGAAAUAUGGAAAUCAGUAAAGUGUGCGUGCAUUAGGUUCCUAUAUAGCUAAAACAGGAUGUCCAUAUUUAAAUUUAAAUUAUUCUAGUGGAAUACGAUAUGAAAAUCAUUGUCAUUUCAAUGCAAUAUUUUUGCUUCUUGAUCGAUGCUCGUGAUUAUAAUUGAAAAUACCUUUCACGGAAACGCAUGAGAAUCAUUCCGGCGUUCAGCCUUUUCCCGUGGUUAUUGGAGAUUAAAUACAGACAGACGAGCUGAUGUUUAUUGAAACUGAAUUAAAAUUGUUUACAUAUAUAAAGCCCGGCUGACUCGUCUAAUGUAUACAAUAUGAUACUCAAAGUAUAUACCUUCAAAAUACAGUUCGAUUUCGUUUAUGUUAUGUUUAUGUAUUUAUUCAUUCUGGAUUUAACGUACAGGCUUUACUAGAUUUAAUUGUCCAUCCGUCAUUUUAAAGAAAUAAAUACAUCUCGGUUUUA